AUGUGCGAAAGCAAGCUGAAUAUCAGUGAUGAAUUUCUCGAAGCUGUCCUAUCGCCUUUGCGAAUUCUUCACAAUAUGGAAAAUUCAUCACAAACUGGACUGGAUCUGCAACCAGUGGAUGUAUGGCGAUGCUUAAAUUCUCUCAUACAAUUACGCGACUAUGUAAAUAGUAAUAAGCUAAAAUUGUCUGAUCUUGAAAAUAUCUUAACGCGCGAUGCUUGGGACAAAGAUGUUGCGAGCGUGAUUCUCAGUUAUGCAUCCAGUGAACAAUCGCAUCAGCUUGCACUAUUCGCAAAUCCAUCCAAAUAUCCUCCAUUUCGAUCAUUGCGAUGUCGUAUGCAGAUUACGGUAAGUUACAGUAGUUUAUUUUGUUAA